AUGUCUCAGCUUCUCAUCCGUCUCUCCAAGCUCUCGUACCGGAACAACACUGUUCUAAAACGCAAGAACUCUCGUCUGUUAUCAACCAGCCCGUAUCUGAUUGUUGGAGUAUUUGCGGAAGACGCUAGGGCAAGAGGUGGCGGCUUCCUCGGUGACAUCCUCUUAUUCGACCCGGCAAAGGAAGAGUUAGUCACAGUGCGGGACAAAACAGUGUCCGAAGAGCUUGUUUGCUCGAAAGUUAUGGGAGCAUCAAAUGGAUGGGUGUAUUCGAAUUAA